CAACACCGCCAGCCUCUAACUUCAACCUGGGGGUGUCCCGGAUGUAGGUGUGGGACGUUAUAUCGAAAAUGGGAACCUUACCCGGUUUCUGCAAAUGGCAACCGAAGCGAAGCAGUCUAUACUGAAUCGUAUGCUCUCGGUCAUACUGUUUUGCUUAAUAAGAACCUGUAAAGCCAAGGCAUAUCCGCCAAAGGGCGAUGAGGACGCUGCUGUUCAGUUGGAGACUAUUCCCAGGCCUGGCAUCAGGGCUAAUAAUUGGAAGGCACACGACGACUUGCACGGGGGAAAUAUCAUGCUCGGUGAUAUGGACUCGAAUUGUCCAGAGCACACGCUAUGCCCUGUCGUAAAACUGAUUGAUUUCGGCCUAUCCGGCCAACUGGCGCCUUGGGGAGAGAGACCUCUUUGGUUUAGAAGAUAACCCGUGUAAUAUUGCAAAUGCGGUUGCAUGUAUGGCA